CAAAAAUGAGCAAUCAUUGACAAUCAUUUAGGUCAAAUGAUUAUUUAUAAAUUAAAUUAAUUUAGAAUCAAAAUUAAUAAUGUUUUUAUUAAAUAAUUGUUGGAAUAAAAAAGUAUUAUUUUUGUUUUAAUUUGAAAUUUAAAAAACAAAACAAAAAACAAAUGAUAAAAUUGUAAAAUUAUUAUUUAUUAUUAUUAUUUAUUUCUGAAAAUAUAAACAAUAAAUUUGUUGAUAAAUUUAUAAAAAAAAUUGAAAAAAAAUAUGGAUAUUAAUUAUAAUCAUGGCAAGACAACACCAGAAGAAUCACCAAUGAAAACAAAAUUAAAAUCAUGGCUAAAUCGAACAUUAAAAAUACGAAUGACUGAUGGAAGAGUAUUGAUUGGUGCAUUUUUAUGUACAGACAGAGAUGCAAAUGUUAUUCUUGGUUCAUGUGAAGAAUAUUUAUCUGAUGAGCACACUGAACCACGUGCCCUAGGUCUUGUGAUGGUACCAGGUCGUCACAUUGUAACAAUUCAUCUUGACUGUUGGAUGCCAGAUGAUUUAACAACAAAUAAAAUUAAAUUCCAAGACAAUCAAUGUUUAGAAAAUAAAAUUUAAUUUUAAAUAAAAAAUACAAUUUAAUCAUCAUUCACAUCAACGUUAUUAUUAUUUUCUAAUUUUUCUGGAACUGUAUGAGCUUCAUCUAAAAGAGAAACAAAAAAAUAAACAUGUUAAAUAAU